CAUAAUUCCAGUCGUACACGAUCGAUAUCAUGGCUAAUAUCAACUGGCGGACGAUAAACAUCGACGCGUUAGACCCGGAUAGCCCCGCCAACUUCGACCUAAGCUCCCUCACCCCAGCCGUUACCCCCAUAUCGUCCGCCGAUGUUCAGAACCUCUCCCAGCAAAUACGGCAGCUCCUAAGAGGUGGCGAUAACGAGGGGGCUCUUCAAGGUGCGCUGGAGAGCCCGCCAUAUGGGGCAGACGAGAAAAGCAAGGAAUCUCACCUCGCAGCGGUCAUCGAGAUCCUCCAAUCUAUUCGACAGUCGGACAUGUCACCGAUACUCAGCCGUGUAUACAGCGCGCCAGGUGGGCCAGAAGCAUUGGAUGUCUUGAUGAAGUAUAUCUACAAAGGUAUGGCGCAAGCAUCGCCCGCGACCAGCACACGUAAUCUCACUCCUCAAACAACCGGUUUCUCGCAGGUUCACUCACGCGGUGGAGGGGAGGGCGGUGGCCAGGCUAUGAGUGUAUUGCUUAGCUGGCACGAGAAGCUUGUUGAGAUCGCCGGUCCGGGUUCGAUUGUUAGGGUCAUGACCGACCGACGCACGGUUUGAGCGUAUGCUAGCGACUGCGACCUCAGAUGCACACCUUCCCAGACGAAGGCGUGGAUCAAGUUACUUCCACGGAUGAACCAACACUUGCCGAUGG